AUGACUACUGGAACGACCAAGGUUGGCGGCAGGGUGGGAAUUGUCGGUACGGGCCACCGCGCUAGGGGAUUCAGCUGGGUGUGCUACACCCUCGAGUUGGUAGAGGGGUCCACCUCGACGUCGUCGUUGAUCGGGGCGGACACCAACCUCAAGGCCAAUCUCUACACCACCGCCGUCUCGGAGCGCAAGGACACGUCCCAGAUCGUCGCCCUGUGCGACCUCAACACGGAGCGCAUGGCCGUGCACAACCGCAUGCUCAAGGACCUCGGCAUGCCCGAGGCCAAGACGUACCUUGCCGCCGACUUUGCCAAGAUGCUCGCCGAGGAGAAGCUCGACGUCCUCGUCGUCACGACCGUGGACGCUACACACGACCUGUACAUUGUCCCCGCGGUCGAGGCUGGUAUCCGCGUUCUCACUGAGAAGCCCAUGACCACCGACGUUGCCAAGUGCCAGCGUAUCCUCAACGCCGUCAAGGAGACCAACGGAAGCGUGCAGGUCCUCUUCAACUACCGCUACAACCCUGUCCACUGGAAGGUCGAGGAGGUGAUUGCCUCGGGCAAGAUUGGAAACGUCAAGAGCGUCCACUUUGAGUGGCUCCUCGACACUGUCCACGGCGCCGACUACUUCCGCCGCUGGCACCGUUACAAGGACCGUUCGGGCGGUCUCAUGGUCCACAAGUCGAGCCACCACUUUGACCUCGUCAACUUCUGGAUCAACGCCAAGCCCAAGGAGGUGUUUGGUAUGGGCCAGCUGGCGUUCUACGGUGACAAGAACGGCAAAAAGUCGGGCUGGGCGCGCGACUACUACCGUGCUCGCGGCUCAGAGGCGGCCUCGACCGACCCCUUCGCCAUCCACCUCGAGGACGAGCCCUCCCUCAAGGCGCUGUACGCCGACGCUGAGGAGCUUGACGGCUACCACCGCGACAUGAACGUGUUCGCCGACGACAUUACCAUCGAGGACGACAUGUCCGUGCUGGUCCGCUACAACACUGGCGCGACCAUGACGUACCACCUGACGGCCUACUCGCCCUGGGAGGGCUACCGCGUCAUGUUCAACGGCGACCAGGGCCGCCUCGAGCUCGAGGUGGUCGAGAGCUCGAAGCGUACCCCCGUCCCCAAGGGCGGUGCCGCCGACGGCAUCACCCACGGCGAAAAGGAGCUGCCCAACUCGGGCAACACGCACAUUACCGUGCAGUCGCUGUGGGGCGAUAGGGAGAACAUCCCCUUCGAGACCGGUGUGGGCGGCCACGGCGGUGGCGACGAGGCAAUGCUCGACCAGAUCUUUGGUCCCCGUCCGGGACAUGAGGCGUCCAAGACUGCUGUGGAGAGGCUGAGCGCCAACGAGAUUGACGGCGCGCUCGCCAUGGCCGUGGGCCUUGCGGCCAACGAGAGCUUCAAGACGGGCAACCUCGUCAAGAUUGACGAGCUGCUGGGUGUGACUCUAUAG